AUGGCCUCUAGCGAAAAUUCAGACUUCCGAAUGGAUUUCUCCGAUGAGACGGAGGAGCAGAGAGCUGCAAGAAAUUUAUUGUAUUAUCAACAACAAUCGUCAAAAAAUGUUCGAUCGCGGACAAACUCAACAUCGUCCCUAGAUUCGGACAAAAAACGUAAAUGUGAGAAUCAACCAGACCCAUUCAAACCGCCUCUUGACCCUAACACAGUGCGUGCAGAUCAAUCCGGUAAGAAGACAGGUAAAAAAGAAGUCAAACUCGUCAAAUACGAAAAUUCUAAUAAGGGAAAUUGCCCGGUUUUCUUACAGCGCGAUCCCAAAUCAAACGAUGCGUCGAAAGACCUGAAUCAUGUGUCAGUCGGUAAAAUCAUCCACAAUCUUUAUCCCGGUAAAGUUGUUGGAAUUUACCCAAGCGGUCGCGGAAAAGUCCGAGUUAUCAUGAAUGGUGGCAGAGCAGCCAACCAAAUUGUUUCUGAUCCGACUCUUAAAUCAAAAGGUCUAAUAGCUAUAAUCCCAUCGAGUUUCGUCACGUGUCAGGGAAUAAUUAACAAUAUCGGGCUAGACAUCUCCACGGAAGAGAUUUUAGAGAACGCGGAAAUUAUUGGUAACUACGGUAAGGAUUGUAAAAUUAUCAAUGCCCUGAGGUUUAACCGCAGAAAAAUUGACGAGAAAAACACAGUUACGUUUGAACCCUCUACCACCGUCCUUCUUACUUUUCAAGGAACUACCAUUCCAGAGCGUGUGUCAAUUUAUAAAGGUUCAUCUCCAGUACGCCCCUACAUUCCAGACCCACGCAUGUGCAUGAAUUGUCUGCGAUUUGGUCACAUAGCCAAACACUGUAGGUCAAAAACUCGAUGCCAACAAUGUGGCGGUUCAGCCCCCCACAAUGAUGAUACCAACCCUUGCACCAACGCGUCAGGCCCCCCAAGGUGUGCAAACUGUAACGGUCCACACAAACCUUCGUCAAAACAAUGUCCAGAGUUCACGUUUCAAAAAGAAGUUCGCUACUACGCAACUCAACAUAAAAUGUCCUUUGACGAAGCAAAGGAAAUCCUCAAACCAAAAAGAAACACUCGUCGCAUGGACGCUUUUAACUUCUCCGACUUUCCUGAUCUGGCAGAUCAACCUGCCCCUUCUUCAACCUUCACACAAAAUUCUAACCUCCAAAAACGUUUAUUCUCUCAAGCGACAACAGUUCACAACAACCAUUCUCAACAGACAACAAACAAAGCACCACACUCUCACACAAACCGAACACCAAAAAACUCUUCUUCUUCAACCUUCUUCGCUGCAAACUGGAACAAUGGCAGAUCCGAGAUCUCCAUGCCUAACGGUUUUGCUCUUUCGAAUCCUUCAUCUACCUCUCCUUCUCCUACCCCGACUCAAUCACACACACCUAACUCUGACACCCAGAUCGUAGAAUCACUCAAUUCUUUCCUCUCACUACUAAAAACACAUAUCACUCACAUUUCUUCCAACUCUUCACCAGAAAUUACGAAACAAAAUUUAGAAACUCUCUCUAACAUUACGACUAGCCUCCAUUCUUUGUUAGCUCUUCCAGCCCACAAAAAUGGCUAG